AAUUCUCAAGGAACAGAAGUAUACUCUUCUUCAACUGUUCUGCACCAAAUGCAUCUAGGCUCGUAGUCUCUACUAGGAAGCUAGCAUAACCAGGAAUGGAAUCCCCAUAUGAUCUGAGGAUACACAUACCCCACAAAAAACUUUUACAUAAAACAAGUGAACGUGGAGGAAAGAAAGUGAACUACAUCAAACCUUGUCAAACAACUGAAAAUUGUUGCUAACCUCAUUCAAAACUCUAUGGAUUGCGACACUAGCAGAAACAAAAGAAUAAGAAGUAAAUUGUUUCCUCGGAGGUGUAGUUUGUUGUCUUUAGUCUUCUAUGGAGAGUGUCCUUGCCAAAGCGGAAUCUCAAACAUGGACCUGGUAUCCUUGUUAAAUCCGGGACUACACAUAGAACUUAAAUCAGAGAAGGAAGUUUUAGAGGAGCUCCUGGAAGACCACUAUGUUGAGGGUGGUUACCCAGGAUUCCGGGGAACUGACCAGAAGGCGAAAUGUGGCCGUAUACUGUUAUCCGCUCCUGGGCAUUAUACCGUGAUGUGCAAUGCAUGCGAUGGCCGUUUUGAUAGUAUGGAAUCAUUCACUAAUCAUUUGAAGACUAACCAUUCGGACUAUGGCUUACGGAGUGAUGGCUGGGGUAAAAUUACCACUGCCGACGAGUCAGGUCACAAAAAAGAGGAAUUCGGAAUUGGAGUUGAUACAAAAGCUGGCGUUACAUCAAGCCUUGGGGUUCAUAAUACUUCAAAGAAUAUUGCCGCGAAAAAAUGUCGAAGAAAGAACUGCUCGAGCAGCGAUCGUCAAUUAGAUUCAAAAAAGGCCUUCUUGCAACGUAAGGAAUAUCAUAAGGAGCGAUUUGAUAAACAGGAGCCAACCCAUUUGGGUCAUGAUAACCAAGAAGGUACUUCAAUUGAACUGAAGGUAAAGGAGGAACUUGAUAUUGCAGACUACCAAAUCCAGGAUCCAGUAUACGAUGCGAGAAGUGUUGGGACUAUUGAGGACGAAAGCUCCGACAGCAGCAAUGGAAAAGGUAGAACGGAGGACCCUGAUUAUAUGCUGAAAUCGAAAUGCCGCCCCUCACUCGUUUUCACAUUGAAGCCCCAAUACGACAAGGACAAAAAAAUUUGUAUCACUUGCAAUCGUCAAUUUGAUUCAAAGAAAACAUUCAGAAUCCAUAUGAACAAUCAUAACAGAACAAUUCGAAAGUGGAAAAUCGAUAAUGGCAUUAGCCCGGAAACCACAAUUUCCUGCGAAUUUUGCUCUAAGCAAUUUCGAUUAGAAGAUCGUUUAAGACAACAUGUUGUAAAACGACACGGAUCACUACAAGUAAGUCCUAAAUUCGAUGACCACAAACUCUUCUGUAUAACAUGCAAUCGUGCAUUUUGCUCCUUGAAGAGCCUUGGAAUGCACAAACAAAUUCAUAAAGUCCGGGAUCGUAGAAAACAAAGCGCUCUACUGAAAGACGCGAUUUCUUGUGAAUUCUGUGGUAGACAAUUCGAAACAGACGAUCGUUUCAGACGGCACAGUGUAUUGCGUCACGGAGAUGCGAUUCCUAUGAUCCUCAAAGGUGAUCCAACGUAUCUUCAAUGUAGAUUUUGUUUUAAACAAUUUGAAACACCAACGGAACGGCACAAGCACGAAAUGAGCCACGAUGGCGAAAAAUCACCUUAUCGAUGCCCGCUAUGCUGCAAAACAUUCUCGAGGCUCUUAAGUCGCAAAAUACACGAAUUGAUGCAUGAAGAAAAUGGAAGCGGAUGGGAACCGGAGGUGCAACCAAAACUGGUGUUUUCCAAAGACCCAAAAUUCGAUGAUGAGAAACUUUUUUGUAUAACAUGCAAUCGUGGAUUUCCCUCUGAGUCUAGUUUGAAGAAUCAUAAACAGAAACAUAGAGAGAGGAUUCUGAUGAAAUCCGGGAUUUCUUGUGAAAUUUGUCGUGCUCGGUUAAGAUCAAAAAAUGGUAUUAGGCGGCACAUUGUACAGCAUCAUGGAGAUAAGAUUCCACCUUCUUUUAAAGAUGAUCCAACAUACCUUAAAUGCCGUUUUUGCUAUAUGGAAUUCGAGAAACCAACCGAGCGUUACCGACACGAGGAAAGUCACUCAAAAGAAAAGAGCCCAUACCAUUGUUCACUCUGCCCACAGUCUUUUCGGAGGCAAUGUCUUCGUAAGGUUCACGAAUUGAUUCAUAGAGAAAUCAAAUCCGAAAAUCCCAGACCCAAACGUAGUGAACGAAAGUCUUAUCUAUCGGAAGCCACGAUUUGUUGUGACUUCUGCUCUAGAAAAUUUAAAUCGCAAGCUGGUUUGAGGGAGCAUAUUGUGCCGCAUCAUGGAGAUAAGAUUCCAACAUGCUUCAAAGACGAUCCAACCUACCUUGAAUGUAGAUUUUGUUACAAGCCAUUUAAAAAACCAACCAUACGUUUUCGACACGAGAAAAGUCACGCAAAGGAACACAAACCAUACCGAUGUCCACUAUGUCCGAGAUCUUUUGGAAAAAAUUGGAGUCGGGAGCAACACAAAACUAUUCAUAGUGAAGUUCCUCUAUUUCGCUGUUUGCAAUGUCCCAAGUCUUAUAAAUUAGAGCAAUCUCUUAUUUAUCAUGUCCGAUAUAGCCAUUAUGACAUCAAGUCAAAUUUAAGCAAAACCUCGGGAGAGUCAUUCGAUUUGAAAUCAAACGAAACGUCCCACAAACUUUCUAAUGCAAUAGUUGAGAAUAGCGAGUCACAAUCGCAUAUGGAAUCCCAGGAAAUGUAGGAGUGAUAGGUAAUAUAUUCUGUUGGAAUCGACGGUUUGUUAUGAAUUGCGCUCUAAAGAGAGACUUGAGGGAGCGCGUUGUUCCGUGUCAUGAAGAUAAGACUCCAACGUCCUUAAAGCAACUAAAGAUCCAGCAAAACACUACAUACACAAGAGAAGUCACGCUAACGAGAAAGCAGCGCUUCAAUGUUCAUGAUGCCCGGAAUCUUGCAGCAGCCAUUCAAAUCGGGAAGCCAUGAUCGUCAUAUUUGCCGUCAAGGAUCCCUCAUAUAUUUCGCAGCUCGGUUCCUCGCACAAUUAUGUUAAGAAGGCUCAUUAUUGUAAUUUAGCUCAAAAUUGAUCAGAAAGAAAACAAUUUGAAUUAU